AUGGAAGAAAAGAAAAAAGAGAAGGAGGAGGAGCUAAAGAAGUGCAUUAAAGAUAAUGAUGAGAAGAAGGAGAAACCCCCAAUCAGAGAUGAAAGGGGUAAGAUAAGAAUAGGAGGUGCACUCCUCCGCACUUACGUCUUCAACAUUAUUUUCAAAACUCUGUUUGAGAUUGGCUUUAUUGUAGGGCAGUAUUUCCUGUAUGGCUUUGAGCUGAAGCCCCUCUACCGUUGUAACCGUUGGCCUUGCCCCAACACCGUGGACUGUUUCAUUUCCAGGCCGACAGAAAAGACCAUUUUCAUUAUAUUUAUGCUUGUAGUGGCUUGCGUGUCUCUUUUGCUGAAUAUGUUAGAGAUAUAUCAUCUGGGGUGGAAGAAACUCAAGCAAGGUAUGACUAACAGAUAUAUUCCGGACCCUGCUUGCAAUAAAGCAGAUCCUCCUAGUCCUCUGCCACGAACUGCUCCGCCAAAUAUGGCUUUCCCGCCGUAUUAUACUGAUGCAGCUGCUGCCCCUCCAACUAUGCAACAUGUAUAUGCUAGGUCACCCAUGUCCGAUUUUAAGAUGACAUCACUAACAGAAGAGCCUCUUGACCCAUCCUACUUCAGUGGUCAUCUUGAUCAUCAUACAUUAGCUAAUGAACAGAACUGGGCCAACCUGGCAGUGGAGAGAGAAAGAAAACCUGGAUCCAGCAUUGCCAGUGCAUGCAGUGCAACAACGUCUGCUCCAAGCAGUGUAAGAAAUGAAGAGGCAUGUGAGGCACCAGUGGUGUCAGGAAGUGGAACCAAUUCAAGAGCAGAAGUGGAUGACAUACCAGCCACAACCACUGUAGAGAUGCACCAGCCUCCCGUGUUGAUAGACACAAGGAGGCUCAGCAGAGCAAGUAAAUCAAGUAGUAGCAGAGCUAGGUCAGAUGACUUAGCUGUGUAG